AUCCCCAGGGUGUUAGAGCAUGCCUAAGGGCAUACGCUGUGUCCUCUAUAAAGGGAAUAACAAAUGUUUGAAUGUUGCCAAUUUAUUGAAGCCUUGAAACAGACUUCAGGUGAAGACUUCAAAUAGAAGCAAACCAGCAUUAAAGGAUCUUUAAAGCAGUAGAGAUGCCAUGGUUUGCAACAAUGAAGUAAUACAGUGAUAGGUGACGGUUGUGGUCUUCCUUUCCUCAAUCCGCUAUUACCCUUCCAGUUACCACACCUGUUAAUUCAACCUUUGCAGUAACUCAGAGACUUGUCUGUGCCUCUGCUUCUCUUCUGCGCUCUUUCAGGAGUCCAAGCCACUGUCUACUUAAGCUCAUCUCACCGCUCUACUCAACGACUCCCGUUCACUUCCCACAGAAGGCAGCCAAAGUGCACUGGAUAACAAGUGAAUGUUUUGAAAUGCUUAUAAGUGGCCUCCCCAGCCUGGAGCCCUCCAGCAUGGUUCUCUUGUCCUGGGGACCUAAUCCGAAGCCCUUGGUUGUAACAUUUACGUCCCUGAACGCUGACUGCUAUCUGCUUUCCCCUCUCAUUAACUUUCGCACUCUCUCCUCUCAUCUUGGCCAACACCGAUCGCUUCCGAUCCUUCUACUUGCUGUGUUCUUUGCUGUGCUGGGGUCUGGAAACUGGCAUUUCCUCUCUCUGAAAUAGUAUUCUUUUCUUGGGUAAUUCUGACGUGUCUUUCAAGUCUUAGACUGAGUACCACUUCCUUAGGGGAGCAAUGCUUUGGACGGCUAAUCAAAGUCUGACUCCUUUGAUAUUAUUCUUAAUACUCUGGUUUUCCUCUCAGAACCAUGCUGUCUCAACUUUCAACUAUACACCUGGUUUGUGUUUAAAUCUGCCCCCACCAGAUAGUGCGCGCCAAUAGGUGUGUGUGCGUUUGCUUCUCCACUGUAUGAACCAGACUUAGUGUUUGCCUAAUGCACAUUGGGUUCUUAGUAACUAUUUUAGUGAAAAGUUGAAUUCCCCUUGUAGGUUGGCAGUGUAUCAGUCUUACAGCAUGUUUAUUAUCCUCAUGUUGAAUCUGGGAUAAGCAUUUAAUGUUGAAUCUGGGAUAAGCAUUUAAUAUUGGAAGAGAGUGAGAAUGAGUUGUUCCUACUGUCCAAAGAUUAGCAUAUUGGAUAGCGUAGAACCAUGCAUGAGAACUGGUGACUGGCCAACCACAUACACUAAUACAUAAAUGAUUUAUACUUUGCUUAACAGAAAAACAAUGAAUAUAAAGUAUUUUUUAGGCAGCUUUUCAUUUAAUCCAGAACUGGAGAAGAAACUCAAGGCUUAAAAAUAAUAAAUUUCCCCAUUUAUUGCUUUAGAGUUUAUUCAAAUUGUUCUAUCCCAUGAGUCCUAGCUUAGUAGCUUUUUGGCCAAUAGGAUUUCAGCAUGCAAGGCUCUAAUAUAAGCAACUGGAUUGGCUUAACUACCUCUGAUGUCACAAUUUGCCCAUUAGGAAGUCAUAGUUUUCUUGAAAUCACAUUGUAGUAAUAACAGCUCUUGUUAUUCUGUUUCAUUAUAAGAAACGUAAUGUACCAAAAAUAAAAAUGCUGGAAGGAGCAGCAUACCUUUGAUCGACGCAGACCUUUUUUCAUUAAUGCGCUUUGAUAUCCACUGCCAACCAUUGGAGUUAGCUUCUUUGUUUUACGAUUGACUUUUUGUUUUUGUUCGUCAGUUACUAGGCAGAUGGAGGAAUGAGCCUACUUCGAAUUACUCCUUCAACUCAUAGUUCUGUUUCAUCCCAACUGUUGAGGCUUAGCGUCUUUCUACUAUUUAGCCUUCCUGCUUCUAAAGGAAAAGCCAUUUGGACAGCCCACCUGAAUAUAACCUUUCAGGUGGGAAAUCGGAUUAUAUCAGAAUUAGGAGAGAGUGGCGUUUUCGGAAAUCAUUCUCCUUUGGAAAGGGUGUCUGGUGCGGUGGUACUUCCUGAAGGAUGGAAUCAGAAUGCUUGUAAUCCUAUGACCAACUUCAGCAGGCCUGAACAGGCAGACUCUUGGUUGGCCCUCAUCGAACGGGGAGGCUGUACUUUUACACAUAAGAUCAAUGUGGCAGCAGAGAAGGGAGCAAAUGGGGUGAUCAUCUAUAACUAUCCAGGUACGGGCAACAAAGUGUUUCCCAUGUCUCACCAGGGAACAGAAAACAUAGUUGCCGUGAUGAUAGGCAACUUGAAAGGCAUGGAACUUUUGCACUUGAUUCAGAAGGGAGUCUAUGUGACAAUCAUCAUCGAAGUGGGGAGAAUGCAUCUGCCAUGGCUGAGCCAUUAUAUCAUGUCUCUGUUCACCUUCCUGGCUGCCACAGUUGCCUACCUUUUCUUGUACUGUGCGUGGAGACCUAGGGUGCCCAAUUCUUCCACCAGGAGGCGAAGACAGAUAAAAGCAGAUGUGAAGAAAGCUAUUGGUCAGCUUCAACUGCGCGUGCUCAAGGAAGGGGAUAAGGAACUAGAUCCAGAUGAAGACAGUUGUGUUGUUUGCUUUGACAUUUACAAACCCCAAGAUGUAGUACGUAUUUUAACUUGCAAACAUUUUUUCCAUAAGGCAUGCAUUGACCCCUGGCUUUUAGCCCAUAGGACAUGCCCCAUGUGCAAGUGUGAUAUUUUGAAAACUUAAACCUGGAGAAGCUUCCGAAGAUGUAACCAAGUUUUUCCAAAGAUUAAAAUGAGAUGAAUUCUCUUUUAGCACUUUAUGUAGAGAAAAAAAAAACAACUUCAUCUUCUCUACCUAAGUACUAAAGAGGAUGACACUUGUGUGUUUUAAAAAUAAAACUCCAUAUCAUGCCCA